GCCAAGUCGGGUCGUGACCUACUACAGACACGCAACUCCAACAACGACCAUCGCAGUCGUCUAGGCUACUCGCACACCGUCGUCACAUCACCACUCACAAGCGACGACGACAUGCUCCGAUCAACUGCCCUCCCCCGCUCCCUCCGGACGGCGUCGACCCAGGUCCGCGGCCUCGCGACUGUUGCCGACACGCCCGUUCGUCACUACGGCGGCCUCAAGGACCAGGACCGCAUCUUCACCAACCUCUUCACUCGCGAGGACUGGGGAAUCAAGGGUGCCCAGGCCCGCGGCGACUGGCACAGGACGAAGGACAUCCUCCUCAAGGGUGACUCGUGGAUCAUCCAGACCAUCAAGGACUCUGGUCUCCGUGGCCGUGGUGGUGCCGGUUUCCCUUCGGGCCUCAAGUGGAGCUUCAUGAACAAGCCUGGAUGGGAGAAGGACCCCCGCCCAAGGUAUCUCGUCGUCAACGCCGACGAGGGAGAGCCCGGUACCUGCAAGGACCGCGAGAUCAUGCGUGGUGACCCCCACAAGCUGGUCGAGGGCUGUCUCGUUGCUGGCCGUGCCAUGAACGCUACUGCUGCCUACAUCUACAUCCGUGGAGAGUUCAUCCAGGAGGCCUACCACGUCCAGAAGGCCAUUGACGAGGCCUACGCCGCUGGUUUCAUCGGCAAGAACGCCUGCGGCUCGGGCUACGACUUUGACGUCUACCUCCACCGCGGUGCCGGUGCUUACAUCUGUGGUGAGGAGACUGCUCUUAUCGAGUCGCUCGAGGGCAAGCAGGGCAAGCCCCGUCUUAAGCCUCCUUUCCCCGCCGACGUCGGUCUCUUUGGCUGCCCCUCGACCGUCGCCAACGUCGAGACUGUCGCCGUCGCCCCAACGAUCGCCCGUCGUGGUGGUGCUUGGUUCGCUGGCUUCGGCCGUGAGCGCAACGCCGGCACCAAGCUCUUCUGUGUCUCGGGCCACGUCAACAACCCCUGUGUUGUCGAGGAGGAGAUGUCGAUCCCUCUCCAGGAGCUGCUUGAGAAGCACUGCGGUGGUGUCCGUGGUGGCUGGAGCAACCUCAAGGGUAUCAUCCCCGGUGGUUGCUCGGUCCCCGUCGUCACCCGUGAGACUGCCGAGAAGUGCUUGAUGGACUACGACUCGCUCAAGGACAACGGAACCUCGCUCGGAACAGGAGCCGUCAUUGUCAUGGACAACUCGACCGACAUGAUCCGCGCCAUUGCCCGUUUCUCCAAAUUCUACAAGCACGAGUCUUGUGGCCAGUGCACCCCCUGCCGUGAGGGUACCACCUGGAUGAUGAACAUGAUGGACCGCAUGGUCGAGGGUCGCGCCCAGGAGCGUGAGAUCGACAUGCUCCUCGAGCUCACCAAGCAGGUUGAGGGCCACACCAUCUGCGCUCUUGGUGACGCCGCUGCCUGGCCUAUCCAGGGCCUGAUGAAGAACUUCCGUCCUGAGGUUGAGGCCCGUAUCGCCCAGUUCCAGCAGAAGUACGGACCCAUCCAGUUUGGUGGAAAGCUCGUCUCGGACGUCGACUACACCAGGGCCGUGCCAGACAACCUUGGCGGCGAGGUCCAGCCUCGCCUGACGGCCUCGGCUUAGGGAAAAGUUGGGCAGUAGAUUAAAACUUGCAUGCAUGUGUACGAGGUAG